CGACCAUACUACCGUCUCCACCCAAACAACACACCCUGUGGAACCCGUGAAGUCUCUUUCGUGCGCCCGAGAAACAGACGUCAACACAGAUACGACGACUACCAGAAACCCGAUCAACCCACCCCAAACAAUCGAGCCUCACCGAACUUCCCACCACUACGAACAAAGCACGAAAACUUCAAGAUGUCGGUCGUAGGACUCGACUUUGGCACGCAAAACAGCGUUAUCGCUGUUGCCAGGAAUAAGGGUGUCGAUGUGAUCACCAACGAGGUUUCCAACCGCGCGACACCAUCCCUCGUCGGAUUUGGUCCACGCAGCAGAUAUCUCGGCGAAUCCGCAAAGACACAAGAAGUCUCCAACCUCAAAAACACCGUCAGCUCCCUCUCCCGCCUCGUUGGCCGCUCAUUAAACGACCCGGACGUCCAAAUCGAGCAAGACUAUGUCUCCGCACCAUUGGUGGACGUGAACGGCCAGGUCGGCGUGGAAGUCUCAUACCUGGGCCAGAAGACCAAGUUCUCGGCCGCGCAGCUGUGCGCCAUGUUCUUCACAAAAGCGAGGGAAACGGCAUCGAAAGAGCUGAAGUUGCCGGUGAAUGAUAUGGUCAUUGCGGUGCCGGCAUGGUACACGGAUGCACAGAGGAGAGGGCUGUUGGACGCUGCUGAGGUUGCGGGAAUCAAGGUUCUUCGCCUUAUCAACGAGACUACGGCCACUGCUCUGGGAUAUGGAAUCACCAAGCUUGAUCUGCCUGCCGCAGAGGAGAAGCCGCGCCGCGUUGCGUUCAUCGAUAUCGGACACAGCAACUACACCGUCUCGAUCUGCGAGUUCAAGAAGGGCGAGUUGAAGGUUGUCUCCACCGCAUAUGACAGGCACUUUGGUGGUCGCAACUUUGACAAGGCUAUCAUUGAGCACUUCAGGGCCGAGUUCAAGGAAAAGAACAAAAUAGACAUCAACGAGAACCCGAAGGCCAAGGUCCGUGUGGCCGCCGCAGUCGAGAAGCUGAAGAAGGUCUUGUCCGCCAACGCCAUGGCACCGCUCAACAUUGAGUCCUUGAUGAACGAUGUGGAUGUCCGCGGUACACUCAAGCGCGAGGAGCUGGAGGAGCUUGUGAAGCCUCUCCUUGAGCGCGCUACGAUUCCGUUGGAGCAGGCCCUCGCCGAGGCGAAGCUCAAGGUGGAGGACAUCGAUAUUGUGGAGCUGGUCGGUGGCUGCACCCGUGUUCCAGCGCUCAAAAAUGCCAUCCAGACCUUCUUCGGCAAGACCCUCUCCUUCACCCUCAACGCUGACGAGGCCAUCGCCCGUGGAUGUGCCUUCAGCUGCGCCAUCCUCUCGCCCGUCUUCCGCGUCCGCGACUUCAGCGUCCAGGAUAUCGUCAACUACCCGAUCGAAUUCACCUGGGAGAAAUCGCCCGACAUUCCCGAUGAGGACACCAACCUGACUGUGUUCAACAAGGGCAACGCCAUGCCAUCAACCAAGAUUCUCACAUUCUACCGGAAACAACAGUUCGAUCUCGAGGCCAAGUACGCCAAGCCAGAGGGCCUUCCCGGCAAGGUCAACCCAUGGAUCGGCCGAUUCAGCGUCAAGGGCGUCAAGGCGGAUGGUAAGGACGACUUUAUGAUUUGCAAGCUCAAGGCACGAUUGAACUUGCACGGAGUGCUCAACGUUGAGCAAGGAUACUAUGUGGAGGACCAGGAGAUUGAAGAGCCAAUUCCUGAGUCAAAAGACGAGAAGAAGGACGGAGACGCAAUGGAGACCGAUGACAAGGCCAACGGCGAAGCCAAGGCGCCGAAGACCCGCAAGGUCAAGAAGCAAGUGCGCAAGGGCGACCUCCCAUUGUCGACUGCUUCCGCAUCGCUUGACCAGUCAUUCAAGGACGCCUUCAUGGAGAAGGAGGGUCAGAUGAUUGCGGAGGACAAGCUUGUUGCCGAGACCGAAGACAAGAAGAACGAGCUCGAGUCGGAGAUUUACUCCAUGCGUGGAAAGAUUGAUGAGUCGUAUGAGAGCAACGGCUACUCUGACUUCGCUAGCGAUGAGGAGAAGCAGAAGAUCCGCGACAAGUGCGAGCAGCUCGAGGACUGGCUCUACGACGACGGCGAAGACGCCUCCAAGGGCCAAUACAUCGCCAAGAUGGACGAGCUCCGCGCUGCCGCUGGCCCAAUCGUCCAACGCUUCAACGACCGCCGUCAAGAAGAGGAAGAUGCCCGACGAGCAAAGGAGGAAGAGGCCGCCGCCAAGCGUCGUGCUGAGCUCGAGGCAAAGAAGAAGGCCGAGGACGAGAAGAAGAAGGCCGAUGAGGCGGCGAAGAAGACCGCUGAGCCUGAGGCCAAAGACGAGGAGAUGAAGGAUGCCCCUCCAGCUGAGGAGGCACCCGCCGCUGAGGAUAUGGAUUAGAGCAUGAAUCGAUGAUGAGCAGCGAGUGGUUGGAGGCGAAAAGGGGCUAGACGUUGGGCUGGCUGCCCGUGAUGGACGCUGCAUGAUUCGUUUUGUUCGCUCCGGCCGACACUCUUUGGUGCGUGGAUGAAUGAAGGGAUGAGGACUUACGUAUAGAUAGACUUCAUGAAAAAGAAAGCGUUUCUACUUG